AUGACCAAGUCCAAUCUCACUGCCUUGACUGCCGACGACAUGUCAACCGCCGUCAACUACCCCGACUUUACACCCGGGCCCGAAUCAUUCAGGAGAAUUCUUAUUGACACGUUUGGACAGAUGAUGUACGUCUCUGGCGAGACUGGCGAGCCCUCCGUCGAGACCACGAGCAUCAUUGAGGAUAUUGUGCGACAGCAAGUUAUUGAGCUGUUGCGCAACUGCACCGAGCUCGCCUCCCGCCGCGGCUCCAAGUCCAUCAGCACCAACGACCUCAUCUUUCAGAUCCGGCACGACCAGGCCAAGGUGUCGCGCCUGCGCACCUUUCUCUCGUGGAAGGACGUGCGCAAGAACAUCAAGGACUCGGACGACAAGGGCGCCGACGCGGACCUCGCCGCCGGCGACGACCCGAGCAACGUCGCCGGCCCCGUCGAGGAGGUGGCCAAGAAGAACAAAAAGGCAAAGGUCGGCCUGCCGUGGGAUCCGGCCUCGUUUUUCAACGUCGAGGUGCCCGAGCGCGACGACGAGGAGGACGAGGAAGAAGAGGAGAUGAACUACAUCACCCUCCAGCGCCUCCGCAAGGCCGACGAGCGAACAAAGGUCAUGACGCGCGAAGAGUACGUCACCUGGUCCGAGUACCGCCAGGCCAGCUUCACCUGGCGCAAGGGCAAGCGCUUCCGCGAGUGGGCUGGUUUCGGCAUCGUCACCGACAGCAAGCCCUCGGACGACAUUGUCGACAUCCUCGGCUUCCUCACCUUUGAAAUGGUCCAGACCCUGACGGAAAUGGCCCUCAAGGCCAAGGAGCAGGAGGACAUGGCCCGCGCGCUGAGCGGCGGUGCUGCUGCCGACAACGUCCUGCAGGGCACCCCUGACGGCACCACCAAGAAGCGCAAGCACCAGCACGGCCUCUUUGACCCCCCGAGCGAAGGCCGCAGCCCGAUUGAGCCGCGUCACGUCCAGGAGGCCUUUCGCCGCUUCCAGCAGCGGCCCAAGAAGACACGGGCCAUGCUCAACAAUACCCGCAUCGCGCAAAAGACGGCCCUCAACAUCUUUUGA